GAAAUAAGGAACCACUCCACUUUCUAUAAACUCGCCGUCGAAAAUCAUGCUGAAAUAAUAAUUAACCCCUCCCUUCAUAAAAGACAGGCAAAGAUUACAAUAAAAAGAAAAUGACUUUUCCCGAAGUUUUCAAACCAUUCAGUAUUUUCGAAUUAUACGAAACGAAUAUUACUAUGCUCGAUGCGCUGCCUAUGAACAUGCUACCACUGAUACACGAGCACUGGUACAACUUUCCUGCUGUCAAGAGCUUUUGGCACACGGCUCUCGGAACAGUCAUUUGCAUAGUGAGCAUCAUUGGAUUGUUGGGAAAUGGAACGGUCCUGUACCUUAUGGCUGUGGACAAGACUUUGAGGACACCAGCUAAUAUUCUGGUCCUGAAUUUGGCAUUCUCCGAUUUUUGCAUGAUGGCCUUCAUGGGCCCUACCAUGGCAUUGAACUGCUUCAGUGAGACAUGGAUUCUAGGGCCGCUUAUGUGCGAAAUUUAUGGAAUGUCCGGAUCCCUCUUUGGAUGUGUGUCCAUCUGGAGCAACGUAAUGAUUACGCUGGAUCGCUACAACGUGAUUGUGCGGGGCAUGGCAGCAAGCCCCUUCACACACAUCAAAGCCAUAUCCAGUAUCUUUUUUGUGUGGAUAUGGUCCAUAUCGUGGACGUUGGCACCGAUGCAUGGUUGGAGUAGGUACAUUCCAGAAGGAACACUGUCCGGUUGUACGAUCGACUACUUAAGUAAAGAUGCCAACACGUUAUCCUACUUAUUUAUGUACGCAAUUGCCGUCUACUUCAUUCCUCUCUUUACCAUGAUUUACGCUUACACACUCAUUGUUGCCAAGGUUAUCGAGCAUGAGAAAAUUCUUAAGUUCCAAGCUAAGAAGAUGAACAUCGUAUCACUUCGAGUAAACUGUGAGUUAAAGAAAUCAAGUACAGAGAUCAGACUAGCCAAGAUUGCCUUGAUGACGGUCACCCUUUGGUUCGUAGCUUGGACGCCAUAUUUGUCUCUAGCAUUUGCAGGCGUACUCACUGACAGGAAAUAUGUGACACCUCUCCUUACUAUCUGGGGAUCCAUGUUUGCGAAGACAGCCGCUUGCUACAAUCCCAUUGUUUACGGGAUCAGUCAUCCGAGGUACAAAGCAGCUCUGCGUGGUAAAUUAAAACUGUGCAAACGAACCAGAAACACAGAUGAAGAAAUGGGACAGAACGAUAUUGAAAUUGCUACAAUUAAUACAACGAGGAACUUUGAUUGAAAGGAGAUUAUGGACUUUCGUUUUCAUUGCAAUAAAAUAGAAACUAGUAUGUUGUGGCUAUCACGAAACUUUCUUCUAUAUCUUUCUUAUAAUUCUGAUCCCUCCCCAUGCUUGACGAGGAAGCAAUAUUCCCAACAAAAACAAAAUUACACAUGCCAAAACUUGACGACCAUCCCAGUUCCUGAUUUAUCUCCAAUGCAAAGCAAAGAAUGAAAAUUGAAAACUAUUUUAAAACCCUUGCUUAAAAUAAUUACUGACAUUUAUUUGUUAACAAACACAAGAUGCAACAGUUAAAAAUUUCAAAUCAUUGAGAUAAUAUUUCCGAUCAUUUCCAAUUAAAAGCACGAUAUAAACGCAGACGAGUCUAUUACGAUUUAUCUUCCUUAUUGUUGCAAUUAUAAAGCUAUUUUUAUUCAAAUAAAAAAAACAUCAGCCCCCCCAUGGAGCGAUUUGCGCCAAAAUUGAACCAACGCCUGUUUAUAUAUGGAUUCAUAUUUAUUCCAAAUUUCAUCCAGAACGUGGCAUAACUUCUUGAGAGAUGGCACUCACAAUGGAAAAAAAAGAAUGUUCGAUUGCGCCAACCCCUUUUCAGCUGUUGACGUCAAAAUAGAAUUAUUUCUUAUACCCUCUAA